CUGGUGCUGCUGGUUUUGGCUUUUACAUUUGCCACUGCGAUAAGGUCUAGAAGUCAGUUCACACGUUAUCGCUCAUGGAACUCACGAAUGUAUCCGGUGUGGAAAGAUGGAGACCAGAGAUUCAGGAACUGUUGGUUUGGUGGUGAAGUAACUUUUGAUCUGAAAAACGAUGCACCCACACUGACUGGAGCAAGAGCAACCUUCAAUAUUAAUCUUAACUUCCCACCAAACCAGACAGCACUCCCUGAUGGCCAGGUGGUCUGGGCGCAAAACUGCACCAUCAAUGGUCAACAGUACCAGGAGGGUCAGGCUGUGUAUCCUGACCGGGGAACCCAGUCGACCGGAGUUUUCCCUGAUGGUACACCGUUCUCCAGGAGCCAGAACAAGAAACCCCACUACGUGUUUGUGUGGAAGACAUGGGGGCGCUACUGGCAGGUGGCAGACGGACCGUCCUCCUCCCUUACUAUCGGAACAGACAACGUCCCCCUUGGCUCCUACAACAUGGAGGUUGUCAUCUAUCACAGCCGUGGCAAAGACACAUUUAUCCCUCUCGGCUACGCCUCCACGGUCUUCGCCAUCACAGACCAGAUUCCCUUCACUAUGUCACUCGCCCAAGUCAACGAUGUAAACCAGGAGGACCAGAACUUCAUCCAGAACCGAGCCAUUGCUUUCAACGUCAAGCUCCAUGAUCCCAGCCAGUAUCUCAACGGCGCCGACAUCAGCUUCAGCUGGGACUUCGGUGACAGCACCGGUACUCUGAUCUCCAGAGAAACCACCGUCACACACACAUACCUCACUGUCGGAACCUUCAAACCUCAGGUGGUCCUGAUGGCAAGCAUCUCCAAUGGCUGCGGAAACCCCACUGCUGUUGCUCCUAUUGAUGCCUCUGCUGCUACAGCAGUAGUCGUGAUGGCCUCCACCCCUGCAGCUGACCCAGCAGUACCAGCCGAGGGAGGAGAUGCAAUUGCUUUGGACGUUCCUGCUUCUGACACCACUCCGCUCGCUGCUUCUGUGCAGCCAGGUGAAGCAGAAAAUGGAGAAGCAGUCGUUGACACAGAGGCAGUAGAGGUCGCCUCAGUAGCGCCUGCAGGAGUCGACGCAGCUGUUGUUCCGGAGGAACAAGAUCCCGCCGACACCGCUGCCCCUGCUGCAGAAGCAGAUGUUGCUGCCGAGGACGCAGAUCCAGCUGCAGGUGAGAUGGCCACUGUUGCCCCUGUCGUACCUGUAGCUGAAGAGCCGGCAGAUGCUGAUACAGCAGCUGCAGAUGAAACCGCAGUAGUUACAGAUGCAACUGAAGAAAAUGCGCCCGUGAUUGAUGCUGCUGCUGCUGCUGCUUCAGUUGCACCUGUUGCAGAGGGAGAAGAAGCUGUAGCUGAAGUUGCUGGCGCUGUCACUGUUGCUCCUGCAGCAGAAGUAGCUGUAGAGCAAGAAGAUGUCCCUGCUGCUGUUGAUGUCCCUGCUGCUGCUGAUGUCCCUGCUGCCGAUGCUGUAGCUGUUGAUGCUGCUGUUGUUGAGGCUGCUGCAGAGGUUGUUCAAACUGAAACAGAAGCCCCUGCUGAUAACGUUGUAGCUCCUGCUGCCACUGAGACCACAGCUGUAGAAGAGGCAGCACCAGCUGAUGAUACCGAGGCCGAAAUACAGGCAACUGAGAAUGAAGUUGCAGUUACUGCAGCUCCUGCAGAGCAACCAGCAGGCGUUGAAGAGGCCCUUGCAGCUGAAGGUGAAGUUCAAGCAGAGGUCGAAACAGAUCCAGCACAGGUUGCCCUCGUUGUGGCUAAAAGACAAGCACCAGAGCUGACAGCUGGCUGCAUGGUUUACCGUUAUGGCUCCCUCGCCACCUCUCUAGAUGUUGUCCAGGGUAUUGAGAGUGUACAGAUUGUACAGAUGUCCAACGUAGUAGCAAUGACGACUGAGUUGGAUCAGAAUGCUGUGGACGUCACCAUUACCUGUCAGGGAAGUCUGCCAAGUGAGGUCUGCACAGUCAUUUCAGAUGCUGACUGUAUCACACCCUUGGCAACAGUCUGUAAUGCAGCUACACCCUCUCCAGACUGUCAAAUGGUCCUUCGUCAGUUCUUCAAUGACUCUGGAGUAUUUUGCAUCAAUGUCUCCUUGACCAAUGAUGUCAGUCUUGCUAUGGCAAGUGCUAGAGUCAGUGUAGCAUUAGCCUCCAGUGGUUCCCCAGCUGGAACUGCAGCCACAGUCCUGGGGGUUAUGGUUCUCGCCUGUGUUGUCUGUUGUAUUGGUUUGAUGUACAGGCGGUUCAAGCAGUAUCAGCCACUAAGAGAAGACCAUGGUGACAGUAAUGGAAGGAGCUCAGUGGUAACAUCUGUGCCUUUGAUGUUGUGGAACUUGUUGAGCAGACAGUCACCUGGCGAGAGCCGUCCACUGCUUCAGGGGAGGAUUGUGUGAAUAUCAUCAUCAGCUCAUGCACUCAACAUCUACAACAUCCGCUACAAUAUUGACUUCAUACACAUAAUCUAACUGUUAACAGUCUAACUCCCAGUCAAUGUAUUUAACCAGAACCAAUUAAGUGAACCAAGUUAAGUGAAACUGCCCUCUGUACAAGAACGUGUAGAAAUAGAAAGGAGUCAAGUGUGGAAUAAAGGAAUGUCAUAAGAAUGUUGAAACAUUUGUAGAGGAAAGUGAUAUUUAUUUUGACCUAUGGUAUUUUGUAUUAAUUGGCACUGGUAGCUUAUAGAAGCCAUAAGUUGUGCUGUUAUUUGUGGCCUACUUUUACUAAACAAAUUGGAAAAUCAAUGUAAACACAAUUCAGUUCACUUUCUUUACAAUGUAAUUUAAAUCACUUAUAUCACAGAACAUUAAUA